AUGAUUGAUGUGUCACAUAUUUUUUUUGGCGUAAUUAAAAAAACUCUGAUAAUUAAAGAAAAAACAAAAAUAACUCUUCACGGCUCUCGCAAUUGGGACAAAACCCAAGGAACUCACGCCUACUGUCUCGUCGACGUUACCGGCAAAGACCGCCGCCUGAACACCACCGGAACAUCUUCUCCGGCGGAAAAGAAAGAACAAGAAAUGUCACUGGUCGAUUACGCUUCCUCCUCUGACGAAGAAGACGAUGUUCCGAAACCCACUGAAGAACAACGAAAGGAAAAAGAAGAACCCCAACCCCAACGCCAUUCACCGCAACCUCUACCUCAACCUCAACCUCGUCCACAGACUCUGACAAAAUCUGGAUCUUCAACUAACCAGAAGCUAGAAAACAGACCACAUUCAUCUUCCCCUACAGUUGAGAAACUUCCUGAUGCUUCACUUCUUUUGAAUUCACCCGCCAUCUCAUUGAAUCUGAUGAAUGCUAGUGACCACUCCUCUCGAGUUGCUGCAGCUCAAGCCGAAAAUGCUUCACGUAAGAGAGACUCUAAUGGAAAGACCUCUUCUGCCAUUCGCAGUAAAGUUCCUAGAGGAAACCCGCCUCAUUCAAAGAAUAUACCAGAAACGGCUGGUGGUUUGUUGGUUCCACCUCAGCUCAGUGGAAGGAAAAACGUUGUUACUGAAGACAUAAGCAAGCUAUUUGUCCGAAAACACCAAGAACAUCCACCUGCUUAAAACUUUACAAACUGAAAUCAAUUCUGCGUGAAAAACUUACACCUAAAGAUGCAGCAGUACUUCACUCGUUGAAGAUGCUUGCUUUUGUAGAAUGUGUACUGGCAUACACAAUCUUUGAAGUUUGAAAUUUGUUUAUAAGCUUAUGUUUAUACUACAGUGUAGUUGAUAAUACUAUUUUGUUAACUUCCAGCUUAGGAAUGUAAAAGAAAAAGUGGUAGAAACUCUUUUGGGAGUGAUUU